CCAUCGCUAGGUUUCCUUAUCAGUAAGUGACCACACAGAUCCACUGCAAUGCUACAAAGUAAUGUAGCAGUGAAAUAAAUAUAUGAGUUAUUAGUAUAAUUUCGUUCUGAGGUAAUAUUCUAUUCUAUAGUCACAUCCAUCGCAUUAAUAAAGGCGUCAUGCAACGGUUGUCAGCCCUGCAAGGCGACAUCAGCGGGAAGGUUGGCAUCAGUGUUGGCAGCUGGGAGUUAAAGGUAAACACAGUGGCCGCGUGACGCCCUACAGGUGGUUGACGAGUGGCUGACAUGUCCCGAGCCCACGAGCAGCAGCAGGAGGUGAAGUACGUGUACGACCUGCCCUACACCGAGAGGAAGCAGCUCUGCAACAUACUGGACUCCAACAAUGACUGGGAGAGGCUAGGUGGCUCCCAUAUGAACCUGAAGUGGGGUGAGUUGGAGGAGUUCCGUCGUGCUGAGAAGUGUGGCGAGUCCCCGACCAACCGACUGCUACAGGCAUGGGGGCAGCAGAACCACACUGUUAUGGAGCUGUUCCUCCUCCUGUGGCAGAUGAAACACUUCCAGGCCAUGAGAGCACUUCAGUCUUGCAUUCCAGAAAAGUAUCACCGCUUGAUCAAUGAUCCUGAGUCUCGAGUCACUGAAGUGUUCAUGGAAAAGAAGCCUGUAAAGGGAGUUGUAAUCCAAGAGCCUCCCCAACCUGCAGCUGCAACAGGUCAGCACAUUGUACAGGCAAGUCGUGACAGCUCAGCAAGGCCCCACAACACACCAUCAACCUCAACUGUCCCCCAAGUUAGCUCUCAGAGGACUGAGGAAAAAUCAUCAUUGUCAUUAAGCCAGCAAACAACGGAGCAGUUACAUUUGAAUUACAGUGUGGAGGGGGCCUGUGCUCUGGAUCCCUCUCACUACCACAAUCUUCAGAAGCUUGACCAGAAGCUGUCUAACCCCAACUACUGUUCUUCCUCAAAAGUCCCAGUGUCUCUCCUGUGUCCAGCAUCUGACAGACACCCACCCACCACAUGUGCCUCCAUCACUCACCAGUCAACAACCCAUGAGUCCCCUUCUUUGCCUGUGACUCACACAGCUAGCUUGCCCAAGUCAGAAUUUCCUUCAAUAGCAAGCUCUAAGAAAGCCAUUGGUUUUGUGUCUACUGCUUCCAACCCCAAUAAGACCCUUAGUCUUACAGCAACAGCUUCCAACCCUAAGAAAGCCCAGCAAGCAAUCCUUAUGUCCCAUUCGUCGUCACCAACUCACGCAGCUGACUUAUCUAAGUUACAAAUUUCAUCUGAAACAAUCCCUAAGAAAGCACCUACUGCAUCCAACCCCAAUAAAACCCUCAGCCUUAAACCAACACCUUCCAACCCUUUGAAAGCCCUUAGCAUUGCCCCAACAGCAUCCAAGAAAAUCCUGAGAUUUCCUUCAGAUGAUGGGGCGGAGAGGAAGAUUAACAACAAUGAAGGUCUUAGGACCUUUGCAGAGGUGUCUUGUGAGGACAAUAAUCAAGAAGACCUGAAGAGCAAAGCCAUUAAUGCACCUUAUGACCCAGACCAGGACUACUUAAAAAAGGUGGAGGAGAAGUAUGCCAGGGAAGUAGCACACAAAGGCAAUGAAAGGAGGACAUCUGAAAGGUCCACUAGUGCUUCUAGCAACUCCAUCACUGUGGGUCAGGUAGCUGAUGCCCCUCCACCCUCCCCCAACCAACUGCAACAACAGCUGCAAGAACAACAACAGCAGCAGCCUUCCUCCUCCAGAAAAAUCUCCAAUGUGUCAGAUGCUGAGAGUCCCUACAGCAGUGUGCCAGUGAUCCCCUACAAGGAGCUGGAGGAAGCCACUGCCCUCUUCAGCCAACACAACCUGCUGGGACGGGGAGGCUUUGGUGCUGUCUACAAAGGCACAUGGAAAAACACGGAGGUGGCCAUCAAGAGGAUCGAGCCGCAUGGUCACGCCCACUUGGACAACACCCGCCUCCACAUCACCCAGAGUUUGGAUGAACUGAAACUCCUGCAGUCCUACCGCCAUGACAACAUCCUCCAGGUGUAUGGAUACUCCACCGACCAUGAGUUGUACCCCUGCCUGGUGUACCAGUUCAUGCCCCAUGGCUCCCUUGAAGACAGACUGCAGUGUAGGAGGAUAGAAGCUUUUGGUGAAGGGUCUAUACAGCGAGGUCCUGAGGUGCUGGGGUGGAGACAGCGCUUCAGGGUAGCCCUGGGCACGGCUGGGGCCCUUCAGUUCCUCCACACUGUUAAGGAGAAGCCUCUAAUUCAUGGUGAUGUGAAGAGUGCAAACAUAUUGCUAGACCAGAAUUAUGAGCCCAAGUUAGGAGACUUUGGGCUGGCAAGGGAAGGCAAGAGUCGUUCAACCAGCAUUAAGGUGUCUCGGGUCCACGGCACCAAGCCCUACCUGCCGGGAGACUACCUGCGCAGCAAGAAACUCUCCGUCAAGGUGGACACCUACAGCUUUGGCAUUGUUCUUUUUGAGUUGUGCACAGGACUAAGGGCAUAUGAUGACAAGAGGAAAGAGGGACAGAAAUUCCUGUGGGAGCUGGUGGAGGAGAGUAACCAGGAUGCACUGCGAGACAGGAAGGCCCAUGGCAGCCAGGAGCAGGAGGUGUUUCCCUUCCUGUUCAAGUUGGGCAAGGACUGUGUGCAGCAGCGGCCAUCCAUGCGGCCAGAUAUGACCAAUGUGUUCAAAGACCUUGAGAGCUACAAGAUAGUGAUGGAGGAGCGGGCACGAGCCAGAAGAAUCUCCAUGGGUGAGAGCAGCUCUGGAUGCUCAACUCCUCACCUACUGCAGGUCCAGUAUGACACUGCUGGCUCCCUCCACUCCCCAUCCACAGUCCCCUCCUUUCCCUAUCACUACCACCACCCAUCCUCCUCACCUUCUGCUGUCUCCACCCUCCCCCCCUCGCCGUCCCCUGGUCUACCCCGCUCCCCGGUUCCCCCAGGCGCCGCACACUAUUACCAACACUCCCCUCUCAUGCGUCCCUCCUUCCCUGGCAUGGUGAUUAAUGGCCAAGUCACCUAUCUCCCUCGGGCAUUUCCUCCUAGGAGCCAGCCUGUGUGGGUGCCAGGUCCUUCUGACAUGGUGUGUGGUAUGCCCCCUGCCCAUCCCUCCAAUGUUCCAAAAUACUACAUCCCCCAUAACAUGUCUCCUGUGCAGCAUGAUCCCCCAAGCUACAGUGAGACCAUGUCCCAAGCCCCAACUGGAGCUGCUGCCCUGCCCAACAUUCCUCAGCUCUCAGGGCUCAACAUAAAUUCCAACUCAGAGUCUGUGUACAGUGAUGAGAGUGAUUCAAAAUCCAGUGUGGCAGGAAUAACAACACACUCUAUCAUACCAACUGUCCUGCCUCAGUACCUGACCCCCCCAGCUGCAGCAGCAGCUUCAGUAAACGAACCUUUACUGCCCCUCCUCACUGAACUCAAUAAUGCAAGUACCACUUCUAGCUGAUUAGUUUUGUCAGAAACCUUACUGCUGCCAAAUAUACUUUACAAUUGUGAUAUGCCUCACUUAGGAAUGUUAGUAACUGACAUUGUGCAAUAGGGUCAAAAUAUACCCCAUGAAGUCAGAAGCGUCUGGGCUGCUACACUUGAAGGGCACAUGAGUCAUUAGGAUGGAAAGUGAGAACAACACAGAUAGCAACUAAAAAGCAAUUGCAGCAAGAACACAUUCGUCCAUAAUAUACCUGUUCCAGCACUAAAUGAAGUAGGUGAGUGAGAUCACUGCAGCAUUUAUCUACUUCACCUCAUUUGAUUGGAAGAUGAUUACUUAUUAGCAGGAAUUUUUGCCAGAACUAGUCAGUAAGUGCCACAGAAUCUUUUUAGUUUAUGCUUUUCGUAAUGGAAUCCUAAGGACUGUUUGUCUUGGAUAGUGUAGCUGAUUAUUUUCCAUUUUAAUUGUUAUCACAAACCUAAGAGCUAAACAGUAGUGUGCUAUUGUAAACUACAAAAUAGCACACCACUUAAUAUUCCUUAGCCUGUAGGCCAUGUCAUCUGAAGACACAAAAAACAAAUAAUAUCCAUUCAGGAUCAGCAGCAAACAUACUACCCUCAGAAACUCCAAGAACUGGCUUGACAUGUGCAUAAUGGAAUCAGUGCUUGGUAUUUUCAUUUAAUUUCUAGGAACAAAUGAUACAAGUAACUGCUUUGUGCUUUGUCCAUGGGAGUCUUUAAAUAUUUAUUCUUAAAAAUAAAUUAAUCUAUUGGAUACUUGAUUCCACGCCAGUAGCUUUUAGCAACACUUUGGCGCCAUCACAUCCAGUGACACACCGUUUGUAAGUACAG